UAUUAAUGAUGAAUUCUUUUUGUUUUUUCCAUAUUUAUAAUGUAUUCGAAUAAAUAAUUGUCGGUUUUGUAGGUAUUAUUAGCCAAUUGCAAAAAAUUGCGAUAAAAUCUUUUCCAUUUUCUCAAAGAUCGCGUCAAGGUGAAAAAAUGGUGAGACACAAUAAUCAAUUACCAGAAAAUCUUCCGCAAUUGCAAAAUCUUAUUAAACGUGAUCCAGAAUCUUACAAGGAAGAAUUCCUUCAGCAACAUCAGCAUUACAAAUCAAUUUUAGAAGUUUUUCGUUUAGCACCAAAUAAGUUUAAUAAAAGCCUUGAUGAAGUAGUCAUCUUUUUGGCACAGGUGGCCCAUUGUUACCCAAAUAUAUUAGAAUCAUUUCCUCAAGAAAUCAUUGAUGUACUGCAAACAUAUAAUACAGUACUUGAUAAUGACAUGCGAUUAACAUUUUGUAAAGCUCUGAUUCAACUACGUAACAAAUCUCUUCUGGAACCUACUGUACUUCUGAGUUUAUUUUUUGAACUUCUAAGAUGUCAAGAUAAAAAUUUAAGGCAAUUUCUUCAAACACACAUUAUUACUGAUAUUAAGAAUGUGAAUGCUAAACAAAAGAAUACAAAAAUUAAUACAACUUUACAAAACUUUAUGUUUUCAAUGUUAAAAGACUCUAAUGUCAGGAGUGCAAAAAUGUCAGCAGACAUCAUGAUAGAAUUAUAUAAUAAAAGUAUUUGGAAUGAUGCGAAAACUGUAAAUGUCCUGGCAACAGGAUGUUUUGUUAAGGCAACCAAAGUUAUGGUUGCUUGCUUGAAAUUCUUUCUGGGCACAGGUAUAGAAGAACAGGAAAAUGAGGAGAGCGACAGCGAUAGCGAACCAAAUAUUAAAGAAAUUAUAAUGGCUAAUAGAGUAAAUAAAAAAACAAAGAAACGCGAGAAACAGUUAGCAAAAGCGAAGCAACUGUUAGCAAAGUCUAAGAAGAAAGCAACAAAAGCACCGAGAUUUAAUUUUUCAGCAUUACAUUUAAUUCAUGACCCACAAGGUUUUGCAGAAAAAUUAUUCAAACAGUUGGAAAAAAAUAAUGACAGAUUUGAAAUUAAAUUAUUAGCUUUAGAUGUAAUUUCAAGGCUUAUUGGUUUGCACGAUUUAUUUUUAUUAAAUUUUUAUCCUUAUCUACAAAGAUUUUUGCAACCACAUCAAAGAGAAGUAACAAAACUUUUACAAUUUAUCGCUCAAGCCUCUCAUGAACUUGUACCACCUGAUGUAUUGGAACCAAUUCUGAAGACAUUAGCAAACAAUUUUGUCACAGAACGAAAUUCAGCUGAUGUUAUGGCUAUAGGGCUGAAUGCUAUUAGAGAGAUAUGUACGCGAUGUCCAUUAGUUAUGAAUGGAGAUUUACUACAGGAUUUAGCACGAUACAAAUAUUACAAAGAACGAAGUGUGAUGAUGGCUGCACGAUCUUUGAUUACUCUAUUCAGAAAUUCGAUACCUGAAUUGUUGCAUAAGAAGGAUAGAGGACGCCCUACAGAAACGAACAUUACCUUAAAUAUUCAAAAAUAUGGUCAAAUAUCAGCUAAUGAUUUUGUACCAGGUGCUGAAGUUUUACUCGACAAUAAGACUGAUAAUAUCGCAGAGAUUUCAAAAAUUGGUAUUGAAAAUAAUGAUAGUGAUGAUGAAUGGAUUGAUAUAGAUUCUAUAAAUAAUGGAGAUUGCGAUGAUGACGAUGACGAUGACGAUGACGAUGACGACGACGACGACGACGACGACGACGAUGACGACGAUGACGACGACGAUGACGAUGACGAUGACGAUGAUAAUGAUAAUGAUCAUAAUUACAACAAUGAAAAAGAAGGAAAAGAAGAGAAUUUGGAAAGGAAGAAAGAAAAACAAAGCAUAAAAAAUAAUAAUAAAGAUGUUGUUGAAAAGAGCGAAAAUGAAGAAACAGAAAUGAAAGUAUAUGAAAAUAAUGAUAUUAAAUCUAAUGUAAAUAAGACAGAAAUUGAUAAUGUUACAAAUCAAAGUCAAGGAAAAGAAUGUCGUCGGUUAUCAAAACUUGAAAAGAAACGGUUAAAACUAAAAACACAAGACGAUUCAAGGGUGAAAAAGAACGAGAUAAUCACUGCAGAGAAAAGAGAAAAGGCAACUUUGGUAUCGAACGAACGAUUAUUGACCGAUGAAGACUUCAUGAAAAUAGAUGCAGCAUUAGCAAAACAACAAAUAACGUACGCCAAGCGCGGUUUAAAAAGAGCUCACCCUAAUGAUAAAGAAACUGGAGAAUUUGUCAAAUUAACAGAUAUAGAAAAUAUUUAUAAAAAGCGGAAACAUGAUAAGCAAGCUCGCAUUGAGUCUGUGAAGAAAGGACAAGAAGGAAGAGAAAGAUUUGGUUAUAAAGAUGGGCGGCAAAAUCCACUUUGUAGUAAAACAAAUCGCGAAAAAAAGAAAACUAAAACUUUCCAAAUGUUAAAGCAUAAAGUAAAAGGAAAAGUGAAACGUUCUUUUAAGGAAAAACAGAUUGCGUUGAGAAAUCAUUUGCUGAAACAAAAAAGAAUGAAAUAAUCAUGUCUACACAUUCGUAUAUGUAUACUGUAUAUAUAUAAAUAAAUAUGUAGUCUUUUA